AUGCUAUAUAGCCAUGUAACUUUAUUAAUGCUAAGAGUUAUGGAUGUUGUUACUAAAACAUCCGUUCAGCAAUCUGCAAGAAUGCUUGUUGCGGAAAUUCCGGGUGAUAUUCAGAUUGGUGCUCUUUUCCCAAUGCAUCGUCAAAUAGCUGGUGCUGAGGGGUGUGGGGCUAUUUGGGAACAAUAUGGAAUUCAACGUGCUGAAGUAGCAAUACUUACAAUCCAAGAAUUAAAUAAAAUACUUCCAUUCCGGCUUGGAAUAAGUAUUCGAGACUCUUGUUGGACAGAAAGAAUAGCAAUGGAACAAGUUUCAUUUAAAAUAUAUCCUCUCAAAUACCUAAUUAUUUUAUCAAAAAAAAAGACAAUAGCAUUUUUGAGAGAGGGUGUUACUCAAUGUUCUUGUUGUCAAACAGCUGGAUGUCAAAAGAAGGCAAACCCUGUUGUUGCUAUUGUUGGCCCUGCAAAGUCUUCAACUACCAUAGCUGUACAGAACCUUCUUCAAGUCUUUCGAAUACCCCAAAUUGGAUACGCCGCUACCACUACAGAUUUAAGUGAUAAAGAACAGUUUGGAUAUUAUCUUAGAGUUGUGCCUUCCGACGCCUGGCAAGCUAUGGCUAUCAGCCAACUUUUAAUGCAUUUCGGGUGGACUUAUAUUGCUGUUGUUUAUAGCGCUGGUAAUUUAAAAUAUAAAAUUAAGAAUAUUUCGUUUGUAGGAAAUUAUGGCGAGAAGGGAUUUGAAGCAAUGGAGCGCCUUACACACGCCCCGGGUAUUGAUGUUUGUAUAGCACAUGCACAAAAAGUAAAAACUAUGGGAGAGAAUGAAGAAUUUGAGAAUGUACUUCUUGUAUUGAAUGAAUUAAAUCCUCGUCCUAAAGUGGUUGUUUGUUUUUGUGAGGGAAGAAGUUUAAAUAAAUUAUUCCAAGCUCAAAAAGCAUUAAGAAUGGGCAAACGCUCAUCAAUAACUACUUAUAACAAUACAACAUUUGAUAAAGGGAUAAAACGCAUUGAGGCUUUUCAAUGGAUUGGAAGUGAUGGAUGGGCGGAUAGACUAGAUGUAGUUGAAGGCGUUGAAACUGAGGCUGCCGGAAGCUUUUCUUUCCGUAUUCAUUCCCCUCGAGUCGAAAAAUUCGAGCCAUAUUAUUAUUCACUAGAGCCGGCCAAUCAAAGUAUAAAGAAUCCCUGGUUUAGAGAAUUUUGGCAACAAAAAUUUAAAUGUCUUUUAACCGUUCCUAAGGAUGAUACUUUUUCCGAACUUUGUGAUGUUAGUUCUCAGAAUUUAUCUGUUGGCUAUGAACAGGACCCAAAACUUAGUCAGGUGAAGAAUAAUUUUAGAUUCUUCUACAAAAUUAAAAUUUUAUUUAACAAUUGUGUUAAUUUAUACUAA